AUGCUCUCCAGCCUCAGCACAAAGCUCGCGCUGAAAAAGGUCGGCCUCUCAAGCAAAGACCUGGACCUGUCAGCAUUCGCCGCGCCGUCCCAGACAAGCACAGGAAAGCGCACAGGUACCGGAGAUGAUGGCCAGGCCGGCGGCGCCUGGGGCACAUGGAUGUCGAACACGUCGCUGCCGCUGAAAGUCACCCCUUGGCUGUCUCCGCCGCCGCCUCCGGUAAAGCUGGCGCCGGUGCCUCGGAUCGGACAGGUUGCGCCGCUGGAUCGGCAGAGGAGGCUUCAGCUGGGAGGGAGGACCAAAUGCCUGGUUGUGUUUCUGCGUUGUGUUGGAUGUGCUUUCGCCCAAAAGACAUUCCUCAAGCUCCGCGCAAUAGCAAACCGCCAUGCCGGCUCCAUCACCUGCAUCGCCGUCUCACACUCGUCUGAACGAGCCACAUACAAAUGGAUCGACCUGCUCGGCGGCUCAUGGAACGUCCAGAUCGUCAUCGACCAAGAACGCUCCAUCUACGCCGCCUGGGGCCUCGGCACCGCAAACAGCAUCUGUAACAGCAGGAGCAAGGAGAUGGCUGGCAGAUAUACGGAACCGAGAAAAGGGCGUGCAGUCGAGGAGACGGCGGAGAACGGCUCGGCGACGGAGCUGGGGAGUAAGUGGCAGGAGGCGGGGGCGUUUGCGGUGGAUGGGAGAGGGACUGUGGUUUGGGGCGGCAAGGCGACGAGUGCGGAUGAUGUGAUGGAUUUGGAUGAAGGGGCGAAGCUGCUGAUGCUGUGA